AUGAGUUCAGAAAGUGCAAGCCAAAACCAAUCAAAACCCAUGAAUUCUGAGACCCCUCUUUCACUUAAACCCAUUAACACAAAGCUAAAGCCUUGGAGAUCAAGAGGCAACAAGGAUCGUCACACGAAGGUGAAUGGAAGAGAACGGCGUGUUCUGUUGUCACCACUGUGUGCCGCACGUGUCUUCCAACUCACUGGUGAGCUUGGUCACAAGACUCAUGGAGAAACCAUUGGGUGGCUCUUACGCCAAGCUGAACCUUCCAUUGUUGCUGCCACCGGCUCUGGGGUGUCAUCAUCCAUGGUUGCAUCUGCAUCUGCAUCAGCAUCUUCUGAGGACAAAAAUAAUGUUCAAGAUGUGGAUUCGGUUCCCAUGUCAGCAGGUAAUGGCGUCAAGUCUGAAGAAGCCAUUCUACCGUUUGAGUUUGAUUUGCUAAACAACUUUGAUGCCGAGUUUUCUGAUAAUGAUAUGGCAAUGCUUCAAUCAUUCAUGACAAGGUUGGCUUAA